CGAAUGUUGAUUUGGCGGGAACUGUUGUUGUCAGCGUACUUACAUAUUCACAAAUUAAGUCAUGGGAAUUAAAGGUCUGUCUCAAGUCUUAGCUGAUCAUGCACCAGGCUGUAUGAAGGAGAAUGAAAUAAAGAAUUAUUUUGGCCGAAAAGUGGCGGUAGAUGCGUCCAUGUGCAUCUAUCAGUUCCUCAUAGCUGUGAGGCAAGAUGGCAGUCAGCUGACCAAUGAUGAAGGGGAGACAACCAGUCACUUGAUGGGGAUGUUCUAUCGGACCAUCCGUAUGGUGGAGAAUGGAAUCAAGCCAGUCUACGUGUUUGAUGGCAAACCUCCUGAUAUGAAAUCAGGCGAGCUAGAGAAGCGUAAGGAAAGAAGAGACGAAGCACAGAAAGCUCUGGAGCAGGCUGAGGAAGCAGGGGAUGCGGAAAACAUAGAAAAAUUCAAUCGUCGCUUGGUGAAGGUAACCAAGCAACACAACGAAGAGUGCAAGGAACUUCUGAAGAGGAUGGGCAUUCCAUACAUUGAUGCACCGUGCGAAGCGGAGGCCCAGUGUGCAGCGCUGGUAAAGUCUGGCAAGGUGUGGGCCACUGGCACGGAGGACAUGGACUCGCUCACAUUUGGGUCCAGUGUAGUGCUGCGACACCUCACAUUUAGUGAGGCAAGGAAGAUGCCAAUUAAAGAGUACCAUUACAGCAAGAUUCUAGAAGGGCUGGAGUUGUCACAGGAAGAAUUCAUUGACCUGUGUAUACUGCUGGGAUGCGACUACUGCGAGUCCAUACGGGGCAUAGGACCCAAAAGAGCUAUAGACCUCAUCAAGCAGCACAAAUCCAUCGACGAGAUUGUAAAACAUCUUGACACGAAGAAGUACACGGUACCUGAGGACUGGAUGUACAAGGAGGCCCGGGAACUCUUCAAGAACCCAGAGGUGGCAGAUCCAGACACUCUGGAGUUGAAAUGGAGUGAGCCAAAUGAGGAAGAACUGAUUGAAUAUAUGGUGUCACAGAAGGGUUUUAAUGAGGACCGCAUUCGUAGCGGUAUAAAGAAGCUGACAAAGGCACGGUCAGGUAGCACCCAGGGACGGCUUGACGGCUUCUUUACAGUUCUCUCCACGUCCUCAACUACGCCAAAGAGAAAGGCAGAGGACACUAAAGGUUCUGCAAAGAAGAAAGCAAAGGGAGGAUUUAAGAAACCGAAAUGACGAUGCUGACCAUGGAUUUGGUGUCUAAGCUACUGUGCUUAUUAUACUAAAAAGAAAAUUCUUUAUAAAACAGUUAACAUGAAUUGAAAAUGAUUAUAUUAUGUUUCACACUCCUUGACCUUAGAUCAUCUGUGAUAAAUCUCUAACACGAUCUGACAAAAUUGUUUUUUACGUAUGCUAAAAUAAGAUUUAGAGAUGAAGUUAUAUUUAAAGAUUUGUUAAAUAAGACGAAGGUUUGAUUGUCGUCUAAAACUCUCUUGUAUGCUGAUUAUGCUCUCAAAUAACAGGACAACUGAUAUUUACUUAUGUAAAAUAAUGCAUUAUCAGUGCAGUAUGUUUGGAACCCUAAUAUGUUUACCCUUGAUACAUACAGUAUUUGUUGUCUUUAUAUUUCAUUGUAUGAACAAAACAACUUGAAUACAAUUUUUAAUUGAUGGUUGUAAUCCCAGCGAUUUUUGUCAUUCCCUAACUAUCAGCACCUCAGAAAUGUGUGUAUCUGGCUUAUCAGCACCGAAUUAAAUUAUCAACCAGAACAAUCGGCAAAGUUACAGAUUCAAAAAAAUGUAUCAAUCUAGCAAAUUUAUUUUUAUAAUGUAAAGCCAUAAUUAAACGAACAGUUUCUAUCAGCAUAGCAUCAAUUCCUUGAAGAUAUCAUAAUGUCAGUUUUUCACAAGCUGAUGUUACCAUAUUAAAAAAAAGACCAUUCUAUGAAGUAGGUAUGGUAAUUGCAUGGGGCUGCACGUUAUCAGAUGGCAGUUGAAAAUAGACGAAAAAUAGGGGAAAUGUUAUUUGGGAGCCGAUUGUCUGGGGUGAGAAAUAACUCUGGUUCCAAUUGUCCUGGUCGACAAAUAUACAAGGUUCCGAUUGUCGGGGAAUCAAGCAAACUAACACAGGGAGCAGAUUAUCCGGGUGCGGUUUGUCUGGAUACAUUGCCUCAGAUAUUAUUGGGUUUGUUUAUUGUAGCGGUGUUGAUGUAGCAAUUCUGAAAUAAAAUAAAGCUUAACAUUCACA